CAAUGGUAGUUCAAAAUAAAAAAUAUAAAAGUAUCCUAACCUAUAAUAUAAAGGACUGAGGACUGGAAAAAAUUUUAAAUUUUUCGAAUUAUCUGAAAACAAUUGUUCUGAUACCCGAUUGCAGAUUGAAACAUGGCACUCAGUCCACAUCUCAUGAAAUUUGUAUCUGAAAGCUUAAAAGUUCGAUCAGUAGCCAAUAGAAUUAUUCACACUUCCUCAACUCUUCAAAAAUGUCAAUCUGGGCGUUACAAGAAAACACUCAAAAACGAUUUUCCUCUCACGUAUGAAAUGGCAAAUCCUCCUCAUGCUAUCGCUCAUAGGAAGUCCUGGAAUUCAUGGAACACAACCAAUUUGGAUGGAGGUUUGAGAGCAUCAGAGACCGCAGUAGAAGAUGUAUUUAUUAGAAAAUUCAUGGUCGGCACAUGGCAUGCACUAUUUGUGAGCGAAAUAAUCAUCAAAAGACAACAUAAUAUUAUCAGAAUUGCUGGAAUACUGAGGAGGAGUGUCAGUGCAAGGAAAAUGUAUUUCCUGAUUGGUUACACUGAAGAAUUACUGAGUUUCUGGCUUCAAUGCCCCGUUAAAUUAGAAUUACAGACUGUUAAUGAUAAGAAAGAUGUUGUGUUCAAAUAUAUUUAGUUUUGACAA